AUGGGCGAGCAAAUAAAAUUAUUGUGCUCUGAAACGAGUCCCACUAACAAUGGAAAAGAUUUCAAAGACAUAUUUAUCAAUAGAUUUAAGCUUCCAGAUGGCUUUUGGAACGAUUUGUUUGAUAUUAAUUGUCCUGAAGGUAAUGUAAAGUGGUCAAUAUAUUAUGGCUUAAAAUUGACUUUAUUUAUACAGAACUAUAUUAUGAUUUCAUAAUUUUAUAACGUUAAGUAUAUUAGAUUCAACCCACAUUACAAGUGCAGCUCAGUAUGUUAGCUGCAGUUAGUACCUAAUCAGAAUUUCUGAAACUUUAUUCAUGCUUUUUUCAGGCAUUGUUCUUCAUACCCAUGGGCAUGCAAUUGAAAUUUUAAAAUUUUCUUUGUCAAAUUCCCAGUUAAAGCCACAAAAACCUGGUCAAAUCCCCCUACCCGGGCAUACACCACAAUCCAAAAAACUGUCUUAUACUAGUGGACUUUCUCUCACAUAUAUUAAACAUUACAAAAAUUGGUAUCUUUAUUAAUAUUGUUAUCUCUGUAAUUUUCAAAAACAGCAAAACUAAAAUUUUUAAAUUAAUUUAAACUAUCUGUCUAUAGAAAACGUUCAAAAAACCCAAAAUCAUUAAUCUCAGUCAUCUUCAGCAGAGCUGCACUGCAAACUGAAAUUCCCUGGGACAGUGUUUUCACAAUUUCCCAAACCACAGGUUGUAAUUUGUCUCUAAAUUCUCGUACACUCUCCAGGGAGGGGGGCGGGGGGACAAAUGAUAGGUGUAUAAUAAGUUAUUGUUCUUUAUUCAGGUGGCUAUGUUGACGUGAACCAUGAUUAAACUGCUUUAAAGUGUCUUUGAAGCUUGAAUUUCAUUUCAAGGCUAUUGUAUGUUUCCUUCUGCAGGGUUAGGUAAAGUGAAUGAAAAGCUAAAAAAUGGUGAAGAUUUAUCUGCCAAUGACUUUAAAUCUCUUGAUGAAUCUUCAAUCAAUGAUGAAGAUCAAUGUAGCAAGAACAAACAAAGUGUGCUUAAAUUUAAAACACCAAUAUUGGUGAAAAGUCAUUCAAAUGCAAAUAAUUCCCCUUCAUUAUUUUCUCCUCAGGAUUAUGAAAUGCAGAAAGGUAAUUUUUUAUCUCUUUAUUUUGAUAAUUUUUAAUAUAAUAUGCUAAUAUUGAGAUGACCACAGAUGAAGAAUUGUAUAUAUGACUGAAGUUAAAACUUCCUGGGGAGUGCAACAAGGAAACAGUCGUGCAGAAACAACAGAAAUCAAUCUCUUUGUGGGAUAGAUUUGUACCACCCAAAGCCACCAUAUCCUUUGAUGCUUUAUAGCUUGGUUUGUAUAUAUACUUGUAAACUAGGCAGUUGCGAUAUUGAAAAAAAUCGAUAUUGAAAAAAAAUAUCGAUAAUAUUGACUAUAUCGAAUUAUGCAAAUGAGAAAAUGUAAUUUAGUCAACUUGCAUGUAUAUGCAUCACAAACAGUUAAAAAGUGCAUGAAACCAGUCAUGGUACGUCUCAAAGAUUUAUUAACAAUGGUUUAUUACAAGCCUAAUGGUUUCACAGUACAAUUGUUUAAUAUAUAUAAUGUUUAUAAAUUUUCUGCGAGAAACACUAUAACAUGUUUGCCUGACUUGGCUUGAAGUAUACUCGCUUUGCCAUAACUACAGUAUCUGUCUUUGCUAAAAAGUCUUUCAGUUGGAGCACUGCUCGCCGGAAUCGCCAGAUAUCGUCGGACAUAUUGCUACAGGAGAGGAAAAUUAUUCUCAUUUUGAUACCUUGUUUUUAAACCUGCGUCAAUACGCGUCAAACAUUAUUAUUCAAAUCAUUGCGAAUUCCAUCUUUAGGAGUCAUCACAAAACUAUUGUUUUCAAGCAUUCAUUUCCGCUGCUUGGUGAUCUGUGUUCACAGUUUCUCCGUUUUCCCAUUUAAUUUCAAUUGCCCACGCACUUGUAUCAUAAAUUCGCAAUUGCCGCCAUACAGGCAUACACACGUUGUCUAAACUUCACCGCGGUGAAAACAAUAAUUGCCGAAUAAUCGGAGAUUAAGUUGUUUAAGUUAUUUAGUUACAACUUUCGAUAUUUUCGAUAUGCGAAAUAUCGAAUAUCAAUAUUUUUGAAAUAUCGAUAUUUAUCGAAAAUAUCGAUAUAUCGCAACUGCCUAUUGAGUAUUGUAAACAAUCAUAUAUACUGUACCUGCUUUUCGUGUAACGUUUCCUCCAAGCCUGAAAAUAAAUUUCCAAGGGUGCCUGGCAAAGUGUCAGGUACCAACUGAUUGGUGCCUGAUACUGGACAUUUUGUGCCUGACAAAAAAUAUUAACGCAACAGAGCAAAUAUAGUUUUUCGUGGUCCUUGAAAUAAAAGAAGCCAAUGAAAAGCUUAGUAACAACAAUUAAGCCACUAGUCAAUUAUGUCAUACGGAAUGGAACAAUCAUAAAUUUCACAGCAUCUUCACAGGCAUAUUGUCUUAAUGUUCAUAUGCGAUGAAUUUUGGACAUACACAUAAUUUUUAAAUGGAGAAUGCAAAUAUUUUGAAAUAUUUUAACGAAAUUUUUAAUGCCAGUUGUAGGCAGUUUCACCAAUAGCUGUAUUAAUAUGCUGCCGGACAAACUGUCCGGCAAAAAACCAAUUGUGCCGGACAAUUACCCUUUCAUACCGGACAAUGUCCAUGUCUGACCGCUUAUUUUCAGGCUUGGUUUUCUCUCAGUUUUAUCAGAUUGCAUCUUUGAUACAGGUCCCUUCAGCUCAACACCAUUACCUGGGAAAUUAGUUUGUGCAGCUGAAUUUAGAAUCACUCCAAAGACAACCAAGAAAAAUUCCCAAAAUGGUUAUCAGACACCUGAGUGUAAACUGCUGGGUUAUACACCUUACAAUACAAAAACAAAAACACAAAAGGUAUUGAAAAUUUUUUUGACUAUUCAAACUUGUUUAGCUUGUUAUUGUCAAUACCAACAUUCGCACUGUUAUACAUACUGUAUUAUGUGUAUUCAUAAAACAAUUUGCGUGAAUACUUUAAUAGUUUACUAGUGGCUGGGCACUUGGCAAAAUUGUUGGGGUGCAAGUUUUAGUUUAAUGCCAAAUAUCUUUCUCAGUCUAAUUUUAAUUUGCUGCUUAAAUUGCUCAGUCUUCUUAGCUUAAAUUUAAUGCAAAUGGAAGAUCCCAGCAAGAUUAAUUCGGGUUGUAGAAACCAUUGCCAUUGGUACAGUGCAGCUUCUUUACACAGUUCAUCAGCUGUUAUGGGGCAGACCCCUCCCCCUCUAGUAUCUCCCACUAAAUAUCAUUAACCCUAAUUUAAAUGGCAAUGCACCCUGAUGCGCUCUACUUUAGUAUUUUACUCUGUCUAAUGCCAGACGAAUUUACUCAUCAAGUGGAGAGUGCUGCACUGCUGCCACUCAAUCGGUUAACCAAACAUUAGUUAACAAAUUGCCCAUGCAUCCCCUUAACCCUUUAAAAACGCGGGGAAAAACGCGGGAGAACAAGCGAAAACUGCUUGACAAGCCAAAUUCAGAUGCUAUUAUAUCAACUUUAACGGCUGGUGUCUUGUUGCUUUUUGCGAUUUAUAACGAUUUUUGUGUGUAUUUUAAGCCUUUGUGCCCGCAACGAAAGCGGUAAACGAGUAUAUUAUAAAAGCGACCGGUUUUUCUCCCGUUUUUGUGUGGAAAAAAUGACAACGUAGCGACAGUGUUUAUCCAGAAGCGAAAAACAGUAUUUUACUGAGAUUUUAACGUCAAUAUAAAGGUUAUUCCGUGAAAAAUCAAGACAACUAUGGAAUGAAAGUAUAAUUUUUCGAAUUUGACAUUAAUAUGAAAGAAAACAACAGGUCAAAAAUCACAAGAGAACGUCAAAUGUUAUUGAUUCGUACGGAAAAAUAUGAACUAUGGGCAUGGCUGUGGCUCAAUAACAUUCUGCAAGCAGCUUACAAGUUUAAAAAAUGAAUGCUACAUUACCUGACUGCAUGAGUUGUAAUCUUAUUUCUUCAACAAUACUUACGAUUUUGGUGUUGUAUAGACGUUUUGUAGUUUUGUUGGUUGUUUGUUUUGGCCGUACAAACUUGGCAAUAAUACAAAGCCAAAGGUUUUCGAUUGACCCCAGCAUCUUUUGCUUUAAAUAUCGUGUUAUAUUUUCUCAGAAGUAUUUUUUUCAACUUUCUAGCUCAGUUUUAUAGCUAUUAUUUUCGAAAAAAGCCGUAAUAUUCACGAAAAAAAAGCUGCCAUAGCCGACAGCAAAAAAACAUUUUGUCAACUUUCCCGCGUUUCUUCCCGUAUCCUGGGAUACAAGGCCUUGAUCACGAUUUAUGAAUAAGGUCUAUGGGUUAAUUGUUCAAUGAAAUUGUUCCUGUGUUUAUUAAGUUGUCUGCAUCUCUUGCCAUGGAUCCCUUGGAACAAAUGAAUUUAUCAUGGAGCAGUUCACUUGCCACUCCACCUGGUCCUGGAUGUCCAAAACAACAGUCAAUGAACACCAUUCUGGACAGUGAGUAUUCUUUCAUAAAUGUCAAUUAAUUCUAAUUCUGUUAAAAUAAUUCUAUUAAUUUAACAGGUCACACUGAGAUAAAUAAGAUGGUGUUUGUAAUUGUACUGUACCUGCUGGCCUAUAGCCUAUUCUAAUGUACUGAUUUUAUUCCUUGACAUCAGGAAAAUGUUCGUUUGAGCUCAGCGAAAUUCAAAUGGAACAAUUGGACACCAUUAGAGUUGAAAAUCCAUCAGAAGAAUUAGACUCCAUUAAAGUUCAAAGCAAAUUCAAAUCAAAACCCAAGGUAAAUAUUCGAUAUUUUUUACUUGUUUAUUAGUUUAACAUGCGUUGUUGAGAGCUUGACAGUCCUAGAGUCGUGAUAGUAAUUUGAAUUGUAAGAAUAACAUUUGAAGAGGAACUUGAUAUAUAGCUAAAUUCAAAAACAUUGUUAAUGUCGUAAAAUUCAAGUAAAUUGUUAAUGUUGUACAAGCGAUAGACAAAUACAGUACCUUGUGCAGAUCGACGGAUUUACUAAUAUAUUUAGGGUUUUUAAAAACCAUAUUUCAGACCGUGAUAUUUCGCUGAAACACCAUGUUCAUAUCAGUGCCACUAUGAUUUGUGAGUACAGGUGGAUUUAUACUCUCUAUUUCAUUUUUAGGGCGUGGCUAGAAUUUUGUUUGAGAAAGAAAUAAAGAGCGUUAGAGAUGUCGAGACAAGCAACGAUCUUUCUUUUGAAAAUUCCAAAAUUAACGGAAACGAAAUACAAUGCCAAAAUAUGUCAGAAGAUAGUGGUCAUAGAAAACCCAAUGAAGAUGCUCAGGCAGGUGUUAAUAGUUUGAACCACUUUGAUAUGUCAUCCCUAUCACCACUUCAAGAAAAAGCUAUCAAUGAACUUUUUGCUUUGGCAGAUACACGCAGGUCGCCAGGAGGUGGGUGCUGACUUUAAUGGUUUAAGUAUUUGCAAACUAAGAAACGUUGUGAGUAAAUUACCAUUACCAGUUCUUCAGUUUUCUACUAAAAUUGUUCACGAAAGUUUCGGUUUUGUUCAUCGAAAAGAAAAACGUUUAAGGCAAUCAAUUCAGUCACACAUACCGUAUAAUUGUACCUAGUAUACACAGGUGAAAUUGGUUUCCUAUUUUUAUACAAAUUCUUAGUUCGUGUACGCUUUUCCUUCUUAGACAAUGUUUUGCAACAUUUCAUUUAUUAUUCCAGGAAUAAAGACCAUCUCGAAUUUGAUUAAGAACACCUUGGGCAUCGGAGAAGAGAAAUCAACAUUGGAAAAGGCUUUCAUGAGUGAAGUUGUGUAUGAAGUAAACAAUGUUCGUAAUCACCUUGCUCUUAACAGUAUAAAAGAACAUGCUGAAGAAGCUUCCGAAAAUGAUCCAGAUGUUAAUAAUACUAUAAACGAAAAUGUAAAGACUGAUAAAGAUUUUAAAAAUCUUAUCGACAUGGACGCUUUAAGCGAGUUUCCAAUGGACUUUGAUUUAUCCCAUCAUAUAACCGUACCAAGUACAUCAAACCAAGGAGAAAAUGUACACGCUGAAAUUGACAAUGUUAAUAGUAUUAGUAAUAAUGAUGAUAAGGGCCUUACCAAGAACUUGGGUUUACAUUUGGUACCUGAUGGAAAGACUGAGCCUGUUUUGAAAAACAGCGUUGAAGGUCCAGAUGUGGAUGCCAGUGAAAUUUCUUUGACUGACGAACUGCUCGAUAACGAAGUGAAUAAACCUGAGGCAAAACGAAGUGACAAUUCAUACGAUAUGGACGCUUUAAGCGAGUUUCCUAUGGAUUUUCAUUUGUCUCAGAAUAUUAAAGUGCCAGAUCCUGAUUAUGGUAAUUGCAAUAAAGAUGACAGUAGACUUACCAGUAACAGUGACGCAAAGUGUAUUGUGGUAGCUGGACAAAAUGAGACGUCGACAAGGAAGAUGGAAACAGCAUCUCAAGUGCUACGAGAUUUAUCUCUGCGACAAUUGUCUGAUAUUACUUUCGAUGAGCAAGGUUCGUCGCAUGGAGAAUCAAAGUCACAAAUAAUUCGAUCGCCAGAGUAUGCGGGGCAAAAUGUGCUAAAACAUGACAAAGAAGUUAACAAAACUUUAACAGUUCGAACUUUUGAGGAUGAACAAAACGGCAAAUUGAAAAUCGUCAAUUGUUUUGAUGUGGGAAAGUGUCAAAAUGGAAAGUCUUUGAAUCCUUUUGUUGGCUUUUCAACUGCCUCAGGAAAGAAAGUGACAAUUUCUGAAAAGUCGAUGCACAGAGCCAGACAACUUCUAAAUGAAGUAAAUAAGGAAGAGAAAAAUUAUCCUGAAGUUGAUGGAACGGUUAGUGGGAAAGUUGGAGUUUCAGGUUUUAACAGAAGAAAAGUGGGUGGUCAGACAGGUCAAGUUAAUAAACCAACAGAAAAAGCAGUUAGCGUUGGGUUCUGUACAGCUUCGGGGGGAAAAGUUGACGUUUCUAUGAAAUCAUUAAAUAAGGCCAGGCAAAUUAUACAUGAUGUUAUUCAAGAAGAAAGUAAAGAAUCUAAAGAUGUCAGAAAGAGUGUUAACGUGUCAGGCAUUGGCGUCUCACCUGCUUUGAAAAAGAAAUUUGAAGUACCGAGCUUUAUGUCAAAUGAUGGUGGGGUUAAUAUUAAUGAGAAGGAGAAUGAUAAAUUAGAGUCACCCGACAAGCAAAGACAAAAUACAGCAAAUGACUUUAAAUUUUCCACGGCCUCUGGUAAGGAAGUUAGAAUUUCUCAGAAAUCACUCAUAGAAGUUAAAAAAUCAAUUUUGGAUGACUUUGAACACGUGCCUGAGCUUUCCCAAGAUUUCUUAAAAGAUGUUGACAACAUUUUUAUCGAUCUUGAGAAAGAAACGUGUCCUUCAGAAGGAGAUAAGGCACAAGGCGAUAAGUCAAAAGCAGACAUGAACGAAGGUGAGGGACCAAGUGUUAUUCGUGGCCGACGUGGCGCUUGUGCAAUGGAAGGUGGAUAUCUUGGUAAUGCUAAACAUAUUCCCAAUGAAAAUGGCGAGAGUGGUCGGAUUUGUCGAUUAGAAACAUCUUUAAAGCCAGACAAUGCAAAUUAUGGAUUUUUACCUGCGUCUGAAAAAGUAGUCGCACAAUCUGAGGAAUCAUUAAAGAAAGGGCUAACACACAGUGAACAUGACGGAAAGCAAUCUGGUGGAGCACCAGGCACCAAUAUAGGAGGUCAAAUAGACACACCACAAAAGAGUGUUACUGGAAAAUCCCUUGAUCGAAAUGAAGUUGAUAAAAUUCUGGCCGAAAUGAAGCCACCGGUUGUUUCCGCUGCGUCCGAGAACAUUGCAGAAAGGGUGGGAAGAGAAGAAGCGGUAAAGAAUCAUGCUCUUGUAGAUUGUCGUGAUGUUAAAGCACAAGGAGAUACAGAAAUUAACGCUGGCAUCGGGUUUUUUAUUGCAUCUGACAAAAAAGAUGAAAUUUCUCAGUAUUCUUUACAGGUUAUAAAUGAAUCAGAUACAUUUAACAUCAAAGGCCAAGCAAUGAACGUGGUGUUGAAGACGAAUACUGUCUCUGGAAAUAAAAUUACUGUUUCUGAAGAGCUGAUAAAGAAGGCUAAAGGGAUUUUAAGUGAUACAGAAAAUGAAGAUUGUUCUAAGAAUGGUAAGUCAUUUAUUAACAAGAUUCCAAAUUUUGGGUUUUCUACUGCUUCAGGAAAUGAAAGUACGAUUUCCGAAGAAUCGCUGAAGGAAGCCCAAAUGAUUCUGAACGAAGUAGACAACGAAGGACAUCAGUCGGCGAAAAAAGCGACAAAUAACAAACACAACAUUCCAUGUUCUACAGCAUCUGCCAAAAAUAAACCUGUAGGUUGUACUACUGCUUCUGGAAAGAAUGUCACCGUUUCUGAAGCGUCGAUACAGAAAGCAAAACGUUUGCUAAGUGAUAAAGAAAAUGUAGAUUGUUCUAAGGAGCGAACGACGAUUGGAAAAAUUCAAAAGUUUGGGUUUUCUACUGCUUCAGGGAAAGAAAUUUCCGUCUCCGAGGAAUCGCUGAAGAAAGCCCAAAUGAUUCUGAACGAAGUAGACAACGAAGGACAUCAGUCAGAGAGAAAAGUGACAAAUAGAAAACACAAUAUUCCAUGUUCUACAGCAUCUGCCAAAAAUAAACCUGUAGGUUGUACUACUGCUUCUGGAAAGAAUGUCACCGUUUCUGAAGCGUCGAUACAGAAAGCAAAACGUUUGCUAAGUGAUAAAGAAAAUGUAGAUUGUUCUAAGGAGCGAACGACGAUUGGAAAAAUUCAAAAGUUUGGGUUUUCUACUGCUUCAGGGAAAGAAAUUUCCGUCUCCGAGGAAUCGCUGAAGAAAGCCCAAAUGAUUCUGAACGAAGUAGACAACGAAGGACAUCAGUCAGAGAGAAAAGUGACAAAUAGAAAACACAAUAUUCCAUGUUCUACAGCAUCUGCCAAGAAUAAACCUGUAGGUUUUACUACUGCUUCUGGAAAGAAUGUCACUGUUUCUGAAGCGUCGAUACAGAAAGCAAAACGUUUGCUAAGUGAUAAAGAAAAUGUAGAUUGUUCUAAGGAGGGAACGACGUGUGGAAAAAUUCAAAAGUUUGGGUUUUCUACUGCUUCAGGGAAAGAAAUUUCCGUCUCCGACGAAUCGCUGAAGAAAGCUCGAAAAAUUCUUAACGAAGUAGACAGCGAAGGACAUCAAUCAAAGAGGAAAGAGGCAAACGAAAAACACAAAAUUCCAUAUUCAACAGCAACUGUCAAAAAUCCACCUGUAGGUUUCACUACUGUCUCUGGAAACAAGGUCAACGUUUCUGAAGCAAUGAUACAGAAAGCAAAACGUUUUGCAAGUGAUAAAGAAAAUGAAGAUUGUUCUAAGAAAGGAAGGUUGUUGAGCAAGAUUCCAAAGUUUGAGUUUUCUACUGCUUCAGGAAAUGAAAUUGCGGUUUCCGAAGAAUCACUGAAAAAAGCUCGAAAGAUUCUAAACGAAGUAGACAACGAAGGAGAUGACUUGGAGAGCAAAUCAGUAAAUGAAAAACACAGCAGUCCAGUUUCAACAGCAUCCGCCACAAAUGCGAAAGUAGGUUUUACUACUGCCUCUGGAAACAAUGUCACCAUUUCUGAAGCAUCGAUACAGAACGCUAAAAGAAUGUUAGAUGAUAAAGUAAAUGAGGAAGAGAGAUCCUUGGGAAAGGUUCUUAAGUUUGGGUUUGCUACUGCUUCAGGAAAUGAAAUAGCUAUUUCUGAGGAAUCGCUGAAGAAAGCUCGAAGAAUUCUGAACGAUGUAGACAACGAAGAACCUCAAUUAGACCACAAAAUGGGAAAACCAGGUGUUGCUACAAGAACGAAUAUUCGAACGAAUAUUCGAAAUUCUCGAGAAACUGAGAAUGUGUUAGAUAGUGCAAAUUCUAAUGAUCAUAAAUCUGAUGUUUGGCUUGCUUCAACAUCUCAAAAAGACAUUCCAAGAUCAGGAAAGUCCUUGUGUGAUAAGACAAGUUUAACCCCAAAACAAACAGUAGAAAAUGAAAAUGACAUUGAAUGCCGAAGGACACACAAACGAUUGUUGUCUGAAAUUGAGAGUGAAAAUGGUAAGAUUAAUGUCUACUUUUAUCACAUUUAUAAUGUAUUCUUAGGGGGGGGGGGGGGGUGCAAUGUUUUAAAAUUAGUUUGUCUUUAGAUUUGUAUAAUACGGUCAACGUUGAUUUCUUUAUUUUUAAACUAUAGCUUUCGAUUUGGCCAGUUAGUGUAAAACAAUAAUGUGUGAUUUACACGAAGUAGAAAGCAUGAUAUCAAGAGCUUUAGUUUGAAAUAUGAUUGAACGUUGCCUUAUAAAUACAUAUGUAUUAAUGAGAAUCGCUAUAUUAUAUCGAUGUGAAGACAAAGUAGUUUUAACUCGAGCUCAUUGUAAUUUUCGGCUCCGUGUGUAUAGGUAUGAUAACCAUUGAUAAAAACAUCAAACGAUCGGCCAAACAUUAGAGAGGUUCAGAUUGACUACCGCUACCAUUAAUUAAUGGACUAUAAACCAAUCAGAUGCGUUUGAUAUAUCCAAUUAACUAAGCCGAGCGUUGUAGUGGAAGUCAAGUCUGAACCUGUCUAUUUACGUACUGGCAGAGAGUACCCAGUUUAAUAUAUGCACAGGAGGGUUAAUAAGGAAACAUUUUGCUUGUUCACGGCAUUUCACUUUGUUUUACUGAUGUUAGGUACUCCACUGACGUACAGUAUUAAUUUUACACUAUGUGUAACCCAAAUUACUAUAAUUUUACCGCAGGUCGGGCAUGUAAAGCUUGCAGAACUGACAAAGAAACGGAAACGGUUGGUUUUAUUUUUUUAUUCAUUCUAAGAACUCUUUCAAGAAUUAUUUGAAAUGCUACAAUAUCAUGAACUGUGUUUCUGUGAAAGUGGUUUUCAAAGUAACUACGCAUGCCCUUAUGCUACGUGCCCUGCUUGUACCUGUAUAACGUACUGAAUUGCUAUAGUGGUGCAAUCGAAUGUUAUGUUUCCGGAAUUGUAUUCUGUUUCCAAAUGCACAUUCCAAAACUUUGUCUUUAUCAGUUAUUAUUAAUUAUUAUUAUUAUUAUUAACUAUAUUAUCAUUAACAUUUUAUCGCAUACCUUUUUUUCUACAGAGAAAGGAUGGAAAUAAAUGGAUGAGAUUCAAAAGAUUUGAUCCAUUAGGUAACUGUAGCUUAAAGAAAUACGCAGUAAUUUUUUGUAUAGGUAAUAGAGUGGUUUUGAGUACAAUUUGGAAAAGCAUGCACUGUAGUAGUUAGUUUUUCAAAGACGACUAUCAAAAUCCCACGAGUAGGUUUUGGCACUGUAUUUCAAUACAAUUACACUGCUCUUAGCCAAUCAGAACUGAGUAAUUUUUAUAUAUCUUAUUAGUGUGAUUAUAGUUUUCUUAUUCUGCAUGUGUUUUUGUUAUUGUGAUAUAUUACUUUGGAAUUUAGCUUUUGGUAACUUUUGGGUAGAUCCUGCGAAUGAAAUCUAAUUUCUGUAGUUCAUUCUUUUAAACCAGUUGUUCUUUAAUUGUUUAAAUCAUGGACAGUCGACUACCUUUUAUAUAAUUAUCUAAACUCUAAGAUGUGGCAAAUAUGUAUAAUUUUCCAAAAAGAGAUGGGUGUAAGAGGUGUAACCAUUUAAGUAGAUGGUCCGGUGAGUCUUUAUAGAGACUUAUUGUGGUGAAAGUUUGUUAAGUCUUUCUGCCAUUUGUUAAAUUAUCAUGACCUACAAAUUGUGUUACUUUACGACAAAACUUUUAUAUCGCAAAUGCUACAUAACAUAUUUUUGAAGACAAUAGUCUUCACAUGUUGUGAAUUACUUCACAAAAAAAAGCAAAGUUAUUUUUUUAUUUCUAGUGACGUAUAAAGAUAGAAAGCGUUCCAAUAACCCAUCACGAACCAUUGCUGUGUCGCCUAAUUUGGAGAGCACCAACCAAGUAGCCUCCUGGUAAACAGAAUUAAUCUUAAUUUUUCUUCAAGAACUUUCACUUCCGUUUAUAAUAUAAUUUAAAAUAAUUUGGAAUAUGAAAAUUAUUUGCAAUAAUUAAUCUUUUCAUAAAUCCUUCGUCAAUUCUGUCUUGCUCUUUGGCAUUCUUUAACAACAUCCCGGUAAAAUUGAUGAAAGUAGAGAAAUUCCACGAGGUCUAUUUGAUCAUUUUUAGAAACAUGGUGAGUACCUGUAGGUUGAGGAUAUUUGAUAAUGUAUAAAUGAAAAUAAAGGACGAGUUUCCAUAUGGAAAAUCCUGAAUUGCGGCGUAUGUGAACGGCUAAAAUUAGCUAAUUCAUUAUGCGAUGAAAAAUGUCUUUAAUACCUACUUUAUUUUUCCGGUCCAUAACUCCAGGUCUGCAAUGUUAAUGGAGUCUUCUGAUUGGUUCGUAUUACAAGAUAGUAUAUGAUACGGACCUCUACCGUUUCGUGUCAAAACAAACUGAGGGGUGAAGACAAUUUUCGAAUUGAAAAAACUAUUCAAAAAGCUGAAAAAUCCUCCCUAUCGAUACUAAGGAUAGAAAUUGACUUCAAUGGACUACCAAAAUGCGGAAGAAACCCAAUAUUUCUUUGACAUAAAUUUGAAAAACCAGAGUAAAUGUUUUGUCUCAAUUGCUUAAUAUGUUAUACUGUGAAUUUCAGCACUUGAUUUCUUGCUAUACCGUAUUUAGACUUGCUCUUUUAUUACAGUGAUCAACUUGUUGAUGUAAAAACUCCGAUUAACGCCAAAUCCAAAUCGGGUUCCCAUUUUAUAACACCUUAUCGAGCCGCCGAAACCAUUGUGAAGCAGGGGAAAGAGUCCGAAAAUAACCCGAGACCAAAUAGUGCAAAUACGCCAUUGAAUGGUUGCUCUAAAUCGGGGGGAAAGAAAACAAAGAGUGCAAAGCAAGAAAAUAAGGUAAAUUUAAUUUUAAGUACCAGCAUACUAAAAAUUUGGCACCCAGUCAUCAAAGCUUUAUAAAUUAUACAUCAUGAGUACAGUAUACAUACAGUAUAUACAGGUAGAUAAAUGGACUGAGGAGUGUGAUGCAUGAUGGGAACGACGAAGAAAUUUGAUCAUUCCAAUCAUGCACUAUUAUAUUUUUUAAUCGGGACUAGGUACAAGUCAGAAGCUGGAACAUUAAAAAUCGUCUAUUAUUCAUGAUUGCCACUUUAAAGUGUACACUGUAAAAUAAAAUUGGUUAAAAUAACCCAUAAGUUGGUUAUCUCAGUUUGAUUUGUUUUUACAGUGUAUUCGCAGAGAAAUUAAAGUUCGUACUGAAAGAACUUUCAAACUGAAGAAUGCCGAAUUUUCAUAUCUUCCCUUAUGACAUAUCUUAUUUUAUUUGAUGUGUAAAUAAGAUGACGUCACAAGCGGGGUGAAUAUUUUACAGUGCACAUAACUCUUAUAAAUUCUUAAAACUUUUUCUGUGCAAAUUGGCCAAUGCAUGCAUGGAAUGAUCACUGCGGUAUAGGUUUGAAGGCUUUCUUCACACUUUUGAACAGUUUUAUGGCUUAGACGAGACGGCCGUCUUUGAAAAUUUUUUAAUCCGCUGGUGAUGUCAUAAAUUUACAUAUCGAAAAAAGAUGAAUUGUCUAUAUUUAACCCUUUAAUUAAAUGUUUAUUUAUCUGUCAUUACCAUGCACACAUGCAGUAACAGCUUACGACCUGGCCUUGCAAUGUUUGCCAUUUUUGGGUGGCAAAAACACGCAACGACAGGGGAUGAAAAAAAGCGAAGAAGCUAGUGAUUUUAGUGAAGUAAAUAAUAAUUAUAAACAAUAUUAAGAUUUUAGGCAUAUGUAGCUACUGUAUAUACUAGAUGGAUGUAUACUGUAUAGUUCCUCCUGCAGAGCGCUACACGCAGGACCGCAGGUUGGAUUCCUGCCGGAGGGUGUAAAAUUCCAAUAGUAUUAUGUUUUUACAUUAAAUUCACUCUCUCUUGUUGCCCCCUAUUUUCCCUGUGCUGUUUGCCAGCCAAAGAUGACGGACGAAGCCUGGACGCAUGGCGUGGGAAAGAUUAAUUGCAUUGUUGGUUUCUAAAAUAGUUUGCUUGGUUAGAUAAAUGGUUUUGUAUCCUUGGUUAUUGAUUACAGUAUCUUUACUCUAAUUUAAAGUUUUAUCAUAUUUGUUCAGGAACGUUUAGUGAAACCACAGCCUGGUUCCAUCUAUAAAUUAAGGACGAACGCCUGCUCCAAGUCGAAAAGGAUAUCUUUUGCUGAAUAUGUUAGCAAUGUAGAUCAGCAGACAUCUGAUGAGGUUUGUGUUGUACUUGAAUACAUGCAGCAAUAUCGCGGAAAGGAUGUUAAACUCUAGUGCAUACACUAGGAUCUGCGUUCCAAUGUGAUAAUAUACUAAAGCUGUCUGUACCAGUGUAGGUAGUACCAAUGUAGAAAUGCUGUGCUGAAUGGUUAUAUUACUACCGAUGGAAGGCGGGAGGCAGCACUUUCCUUGCGAUAGUAAUUUCUAGUAUUACUACCUUAAAAAAUAAGCAGAAACUCGACGUUUCGAGCGAAGGCCCUUCGUCACUCUUGACGAAGGGCCUUCGCUCGAAACGUCGAGUUUCUGCUUAUUUUUUAAGGUAGUAAUAUAACCAUUCAGCAUAGAAUGUGAUAAUAAUCACUAUUAACCAGGAAAGUAAGUUUGUUCAGAAACUAUCGUUGUAUAAAAUAAAAAAAUUCUAAACGGAGCUGAGUCCCUACAUAUAUCCAUGCAGCUCCGCCUGGAUUACAAAAUUUCUUUCGACGAUAUGCAUAUAUAGACAGUGCCGAAGUGUACAGUUAUUAAGCUCCUGCUGCUAUAUAUGUACCAUCAUUUCCUUUGCUAUAUAACCACUGUCUGUAGGUAUGCAGAGUGUAAUUGUUAAUGGGGAGUGGGUUAGUAAUGUGGGAAUAUGACUUACCCUUGCGAAAUCCGAGUAUGACUGACUUUUAUGAAAUCAGCCUUGGCAAGACCGAUAACCUGAAUGUCAGCUGCACGAUUUUCCCUUUUAGCGUCAGGCGGGAUAAAUACUGUAUAGCCCUAAUAUCCAGGUUAUUAUAGACCAAAUACUUACACUGCAUUGUUAUAAUAAUGUAUUUUUCAUUCCCCGCGAAUUCCCGUUUGACGCCAAUAUCCUCUUUCCUCCGCAGAGGCUUUUAAAGGAUUGAUUUACAAAGUACUUCGUUAACGUAAUUGCGCUGGAAAGUAAAUGUAAGUAAAGAUGAAGGUAACUUCUAGCGCAAUUCCCGUUAUACGAAAUCCUUUCUAAAUUGAUUAAUCCUUUAAAACGUCUCUGCGGAGGAGAGAGUCAAUAUCCUAUAACAGUUCUUGUUUUUUUAGCCUGAAAGACAUGGAGUAAGUCCCUCUGUCAUGUGGAUCACCUGCGAGAAUGCAGAAUCAUAUCGGUUUAAAGGUUCAGAUUUUCUCAGUGAAGAUAUCUCUGCUACAAAUACUGGAGUUACAUGCACAGAAGGCGCAGUUCUGUUCCUUGGCGAAGAUAAAUGUGCUGGACUUCCGGAAUUUACAAAGUAAGUUUGUCAAAGUAUUACACAAUGCAUAGUUAUUUUCCCUAUUCUCAUAUGCAUAGUCAAUAGGAUGUCUUCAAAACUAUAUUGGCGGACAUUGAAAUUACCAAAAUACAACUAUAACAUUAGUGCGGCUAAUGCCCAAAAGAGAAUAAUGAGAAUGCUUUUUAACGGUAGAGAUCUUAUAUAAUCAACAUUCCUUACUCUAAGCAUUUUAACUUUUUAGUUUUCUUUAUUCAUGCCUUUAACCAACCAUGCACCUCUCCCUAUGAGAAAGUACCCUGUGUACGAGGUGGGCGUUUAUUAUACAGAUGCUCUCAUGCUAAGGACUGUGUUUACCGUGUUUAUUCUACCGUUACCGUGCUUUGAUCAAUGAUUCAGGCCCCUAUCGAUAUAUUAAAAAAUAUGCCCUGCACAAUCGGGGCUUUCAUAUACUGUAUAAUCUUUUUAAGUAAGCGGCUGUGGCUGAAUAUUUUUAACUAUGUAAUAAUGAAACAAUUUUUGUAUUAGAAGUGCUGUCAGCUUUUUUGUACAUUUUUUGAUAGAUCAAUUAUGUUAGCUGAAUGCUUUAAGCCUAGUUACAGUAUUCUUCAAGUUCUUGGCAAAAGGCACAGUAUGCCAGUUAAGCCAACAAUACUAUAGGAUGAAUGCAGAAAGAGCAAAGAAAUUUCCAGCAAAAAUUUCUUCGUUAUCGCAUUGGUAGUUUUAGUUGUAGUUGUAGUUGUAGUUACAUAGUCCUUGGUUUUUAGCCAUUAGUUUAGCCAAAUCUGACUUUAUUAGUUUAUUCUUGCUAUUCCUUUGUCUGUUUGUCAUUGGUUAAAGGCGAGAUAGAUGCGUAGUAUAUUAUAAAGAAAGUAGCCGGCGGUAAACCUCAUAACACCCGCCAGAGCUCCGGCAGCCGCCGUCUUGUUUUGAAAGCCCUGCAUUAGGGGUGAUGCUACUCAUAUACUACUUCAAACACUCAUUAAUAAUUCAUAAGCUUAUUGGCAAAUCAUGUCAACCAUAAUAUGUCACUUGCAGUGGCUUUAAACCUGAUAAAACGCUCCUAAUUAGUAUUCUUUAUAUAAAGAAUACUAAUAAGGCAGUAUCUAUUGUAGUCGUGUCCUUAUUAGUAUUCUUAAUAUAAAGAAUACCAAUAAGGCAGUAUAUCUAUUGAAUUUGUAGUCUUGUUUGAAGCCGUUUAAUAAACUCGCAGGUCGUGUUUUAUUAGGUCUAAAGCCACUCGCGCUGCGCGCUCGUGUGGCUUUAAACCUAAUAAAACACUCCUGCUCGUUUAUUAAACACUACUUAACAAUGAUACAUUAUAAAGGCUCGUUUACACAAGCAAUUUUUGCUGCGAUUUUAGGUGCGAUUUACUACUCCUGAUGUAUGUGAACGAGUGGAUGAGUUAGGAAUGUUUAGAUGAGGGUCUCGUUCACAUCCAUGCAUCAGAAGAAGAAAAUCGCACUAGAAAUCGCAGCCAAAAUUGCAAGUGUAAACGGGACUUAAAGAUAAUUUGGCGAACUACUGUAUCUAAAGGAAGUAAAAUAAAAUAAAGAGUUUAUCAUUCAUGUAUAGAGCGUUUCUAUCAUCUCCUGGAGUCGAUCCUAAAUUGAUAAGCGAGGAAUGGAUUGCAAAUCAUUAUAAAUGGAUUAUAUGGAAGUUGGCGUCAUAUGAAAGGUCAUAUCCUCAAUCAUUUUCUGGAAGGUAAUCUAUAUAUACUUUAAAAUAACUGUAAUAUAUAACUAAGUGGUGUGCGUGUCCAUGCAUGUCAAGGCGUAAAAAUACACAUUAAGCAUAAAGAUGCUUUCCUCGCGUUUUCACGGAUCCGACUGGUUCUGUUGUAUCAGAGAUUGUUACGCAUUGCAGAAUGAAAUGUAAAUAACUGAAGAAUAAAAUUAUUCUGUUUCUGCUAGUUGUAUGUUGUACUGUAUGUUUAUCUGUAUGUUAGCUUUUACCCAAAUGAGCGACAAGUUGCCGAUUGAGCAUCACCAACUAUACAAUAAACGAAAACUACAUCCAGCAAUUACGACGUCCGGCAACUUGUCACAGACGCGUGUACAUUUAGCGUACCUGUUUUUAAUUUGUUUUUCCAGAACUCUCACUCCCGAUAUGGUGCUGAGUCAGUUGAAAUAUCGUUACGAUAGAGAAGUUGAUCAUUGUGAACGGUAAGAUCGUUGACUUUAAGACAGGGAGCGGGCCAAAGUUCUUGCACAUUCUCAUUCACUGCCCAGUUUUUCUGGCAUUGAAAGGCUUUUAUGCUAACCAUGCUUUAAUUCCUAUACUAUAAAUAUAUCUGUAUAUUACCAAUUUUUUUAGUUCUGCCAUCAAGAAAAUUUUGGAACGGGAUGAUAGUUCCUCUCGAAGUAUGGUUCUAUGUGUCGCUAGUUUGGACGUAAUAAGUUCUGAUAAGAACAAUGAAUCAGAAAUCAAUUGUCAAAAUAAAAACGUUGAGGUAGGGUAUCAUCUCCCUUUUUACAAUUGCGACUUCAUAGCCCCCCGGGAAGUUUUAUGACGUCUUAGGGUCCCCUGGGAAUUUUUUCCCCGGUUCCCGGGCACCCUCUCGGCGGUCCUGAUUAAAGGAUUGAUGUCGUACGCAACGAAAUUGCUUAGAUGUACUUCCAUUUCAUUUCAUUUAUUAAUGUUUCACUUUUUAUGCGAGCCAGUGUAGAAAACCAAUGUCGAUUAUGUGUUACCAAUUUGACCUUUAAACCUUGCAUAUUUUCUAUUGUCUUUAUACUUUCAUUUUCAUUUAUCACAUCAAAUUUUCUUUUCCGUAUUUCCUCCAAUCUCGUACCCAGAGCAAUGCCUGUGCGCGGAAGGCAUUGGCUCUGGGGAAAUAGACAACUGGAACCCCUAAAUUUAGGGGUUCCAGUUGUUGUCGGCAUGCAUUAUUGAUAAACGUUAAACCAAUCACAACACAGGAAAACUUAUAUUUCCCCAGAGCCAAUGCCUCCCUCGCCCACGCACAGGCAUUGCUCUGGAUACGAGAGUGUAUUUCUCUGAUUUCUUUGUACUAUUUUAUGAUGACGAGGCCUUUAAAUUGAGUUAAUUACGAUCUUUUAUUAGCUACAGAGGGUAAUUCUGAUGACAGAUAGCUGGUACAGCAUUCGUGUGCAACUAGACGAGUACCUACAGAACUUGGUUAGAGAAAAAAAAAUUUACGUAGGACAAAAGUUGUACAUACAAGGUGCAGAGUUGUGUGGCUCCGAUCAAGCUGUUUCACCUCUUGAGGUUUGUGAACAACUGCAUUGUGUCUAGCUGUGGGGUUGAAGUCUCCCCAAUAUCAAUUUCAGGUCACCAAUAUCAAUUUCAGGUCCAUGCAUUGAGGGAUGAUAAUACUCUACUGUAUAUAAGCAUGAACGAACCAACAUGUAAAUCUAAGGACUGAAAGAAGUAUAGAUUAGUGGUCUUUGCAUGGUCAGGUUAGAGAAUGCGAUAGGUUUUUACCAGCGGCUUUGGUCAUUAAAUGCAUUCUUCAAAUGAUUACGUUAAUUGUACCAUUAGUUUGGAAUUGAUCGCAACUAUUGUUUAUCUAAGAUAUGUGAACGUGGUUAACAUUAACGCCCAUUUCCACUCAGGAGAAUUUUCCGCAGAAAGAAAAUUUUGUGAAAUGUGAUUGGCCGACACGUUAAAAAUUUUCAACUUUUAACAAUGACAUUUUCGGACAAUUUUCUGUCCGUGGAAAUUUUUCUUGCGUGGAAAUGGGUCUUUAGUGUGGUUUAGUGAAGUUUAAUUUCAUGCAUUUUACCUUCUUGAAGUGAACGACUGUUAUUACUGCUGUGCCUUGUGAUUGUAUCGAAUGUUGUAGCUUUAAUUCUUUUUUAUAAUUUUCGUCAGUAUUUUUCACUCAAUUUUCUCGACUCUUACUUUUCAGGCGCCUAGUAACCUCCAGCUACGAAUCCAUGGUAACUCAACUCGUCCAGCGAAGAAAUUUUCAAGAUUGGGUUUCCAUUGUAAAAACAGUAUAUUUACGGUUCCUAUUAAAUCUUUGUCGGGAGCUGGUGGUCAUGUUAGUUCUAUUAACGUCAUUGUUGCCAGGCAAUACCCUCUACAGGUAUUUGGGACUAGGUCAAACAUUUUUCGAACAGUGGCGGACACCCGGGAGUGGGGACAAGGUAGAAACGACCCACCCCCAAUAAAUUCUUAAAAGGGCGGGGGGGGGGAUCGAAUUUGUACCUCCAAUGGUGAGCUUAAGCAAGCGACGUUUUUGUGAACACGAACGUCUCCCGAAAAUUGGUAUAACUAAUUUUGGCGGCAUUUUGCAUCAUAGCGCUCGUAUAAGGAAGCAAAAAACUUUUAAAAUCUUAUGUUUUGUCAUAUGUGUUGAAGAUUAGCACAAAUUAAUGCCAACACAGUUUUUAAUCCAGUCCCCCUUCUGCCACAAUUAACGACUUUAAUUUGUAAUGUUCUUUGGUGAACAAUAUACGCUUCCGGAAAGUACGUCACCUUGGCUAUAGAGCCUCGUUUUCGUGAUUGAGACGUGGCCUUUAACUGAUGUCAGAUACAUGAAAACCAGGCUCUAUAGCCAAAGUGACGUACUUUCCGGAAGGGUGUAUUGUAUUAUGAUCUGUACAAUUAUUACCUUGAAAUGUAGCACAAUAUGACAAUAUCAGUUAAUCUCUGUUACAAUACAAGCUCACGGGAAGCGAAGAAUUUCUAUAAACUUUAGCAAUUUUUAUCAUCUCCUGGAAAUUAUGCAGGUAGUUAAUAAAUUAAUCACUUGUUUCAGUUCAUGGAAAAGUUGCCAGAUGGUAAAUGUACUUUCCGCAACCCCAGAUGUGAAGAACGUAUUGCAAAGAAAUUCGAAGACAAUGUUCAGAGAAAACGAGAGAAGAUUAUGUUCCAAGUUCAAAAAGAAAUUGACAACGAAGAAACAAAAACUGCAAGGGGUAAGUUUCGAUUGCUCUAUUCAGGUUGGUGGUUGUCUACAGUUUUAGAAACAGGAAAUGUACCAUUUAGGUACAACUUUUUGAUCAUUCUUUUUGGAUAAAAAAGAACAGUAUCUAUUCUUUAACGUUUUCCACUACCGUGUUAGCGUCAAUGCUUCGAUUGCUGCGUAAAUAACUCAUUUACCACAAAUUCGACAACGUUUUAUCAACUCGCAAGUACAAAACGCAAGUAUAUAAUCCUGACAUGUUAUAUUUCAAAGGAACUACAGGAAGAAUAUCUAAUUCCCUAUCAACGAACCAAAUUGAAAACCUUACUGAUGGAAUACAAAUAUUUGACGCCAUUAGUAACGCCAGUGAUCCAUUUCAUGUUCAGGUAAGUUGUCCAUAUAAGUCAGGGUUCGUACAAAACUUGAAUGUCUUUGAAUUUGAAAACAAAAAUUUAAGGCCUUGAAUGUCCUUGAAUUUGUAAAGAAGUGCUUGAAAGUCCUUAAAUUUUUCUUGCUUUAGUUUUUGAAUAUUUUCUGAAAUUGUUUGACAUUCAAAAUGGACAUUUUGUUGAAUUGAUUUUGCAUGUUCAUAUCUGAUUUCUAACCCCUUUUCAGUAUUUAAGUCAGUUUUCCACUUUAAUCGUACCGAAACGUAGCGUAUUUCUUUCUUUCCUGAGCGGUAGUGUGGAACUAAUGACUUCGACACAAAAGAAAAUGCUACGGUAAGUUGGAACGUGGAAGUGGAAAACAGGCUUUAGUCCUUGAAUUUGCUGGUACAUGGCCUUGAAGAGUCCUUGAAUUUGACUCUUCCUCACACGUACGAACCCUGAUAAGCACGUUUUCCCUACAAGCACCCCAAUAGUUCAUAGUUUUGGUGAUGCGAUGUCCCUUGAAUAUCAUAGAUUAACAUACCUUAGCAGUCAUGAAAUUGCAUCGCAUGAAGGCAAAUAUGAGAAUUUUGGGCAUCUCACUCGAUGUAACUCAUUGUAGCAGGGUUUCGUUGAUGGAAAUUUCGAGUGUGAAUUUUAUACAUUUAUUACACCUAACCAUCCAGGUGAUCUCGGAAAAGGCCUGGCACUAGUUAUAAAAUAAAAAUCCAUUUCUGGUUUAAAAUUACUCAAUAUCUCAUUAACGGUAUUACAUUUCUAUCUCAAAUUUGUCCCAGACCUUCAUUUCCCUGUGCAAGACACAGACACAAAGUUUCAAACAGUUUCACAAAAAAAUCAGGGCAUGACAAGUGAUUAAAGGUACGAAACUGGAUUUCUAUUCUGUUGCUAUUCCCGCAUGAGCAGUUGCAAAAAGGUCUAAUAAAUGCUUUCGCUUGCAAAAGUUGUUACAGGAUUGCAGUAGACACAUAGGAGUGUAUGGAAUUAUUGCAUGAACCUAUCCGGUUCUAGCACUGAGCGUUCUAGCCACCCUUAACUGGGAACAUCUUGUUUUUGAGAACGUGAUAGAAAACAGUUAUCAUGACGAAAAUUGUCUUGAAACAUGAAUAUAAUAUUAUAUGAUGCAAAAAUAUUGCGAUCUUUAAUCUAACUUCAUUAAAAUAUAUAUAUAAUGGUAGAAAUGUCUUUCUGAUGAGCAAAGAAGAAUUCUUGAUAGUUACAAGGAGAACUUACAAAAUGAUCGAGCUGAUAUUGUGCGUCGUAAAUAUGAGAAAGCUUGGAGUAAAUUGAGUCAAGAGGUAGGUACCUGAUGAGAUACAGUCUUGAGCGUCAUUUUUUUGUAUUGUUUUUAUAGUUACAUAGACUACUGAGUACUGUAUACGUAAAGAACAUCUAAAAGGUUAAUUAUUGUGCGUGUUUGUAGGAGACACUCAAACGAAAUGUAGUCCCUGUCUUGAAAAUGAAACUCGUCGACUGUUUACCAUCAAAGACCAACCAAACCCCAGGAAGUAUACAAUUUUUCUUUUAAAGAGUUCCCUUUUGUUACAUUUAGCCUUUGUAAUCAAUUAGUGUAUUGAUGAUACGGUCCAUUCCAGUGGCGUUUCUCCAAACGUACAUGCACUGUAACUUAUACAUUUGUUUGUUUAUAGUACACAUGCACAGCCGAAAAUCUCAAUACAGUUUGAGAAUUUCGACGAUUACUUGUUUCACUAAAUUCGUUUUUAGCUGCUUUAUUAACCGUAUGGAGGCCAAGUGAACAAACCAUAACCACGCUGGGAGAAGGAAAACGUCUGAAAAUCUAUAAUCUACAGAUGUCAAAGUAAGAUAUAUCAACAUUUAUCAUUAGAAUUUUUUGGAAUUAAUGACCAUUUGCAUUAUAGACUAAAUUUUGAUCUAGACAAAAAUUUCAUCACAGCUUGAAAGAGCAUCACAAAAUUAGUAAUAUUCCAAAGUUUCGUUGCGAAAUGUUGUAAAAUGCGGAUAAUAUAGCCAUGUGAAGUUUGCCGUUUUUCAGUCAUUUUGUAUACGCACGGGAAAUUGACAGCCCAAUCGGGUGUUGGGGCAUCAAUUUCCCGUUUGUAAUACAAAAUGACUGAAAAUUGCAAAUUUCGCAAGGCUAUAUUAACCGCAUUUUACAACAUUUCGCAACGAAACUUUGGAAUAUUACUAAUUUUGUGAUGCUCUUUCAAACUGUGAUGAAAUUUUUGUCUAGAUCAAAAUUUAGUCUAUAAUGCAAAUGGUCCAUUGAAUGUCUACUCAUAUACGCCCGUAUUCUAAAAGCUCACUCACACGCAAUGAGUGGAGGUUCAAUAUGAGCUUCUAUUGAGUGUGAAUGCUGUUUUUGAAUACCUUACUAUGUGACUACUCACCCUCCAGCUAUUCAAAAACAGCAUUGACACUCAAGAAAAGUUCAGAUUGAACCUCCACUCAUUGAGUGUGAGUGAGCUUUUAAAAUACGGGCGAUAAUGUCAUAAUGCGGCAUGAUAAUUCACAAUUCAUGUAUUUAAUUAUGCUCCAUGCACACGAAUGAUCUAUAUGUUGCAUGUAACUUUUCAUGUGAAAUACGGUGCACAAGUAUAAACUCGGCGCAUGCGUCUUUAUUCAGUAGAACAUUAUUCAUAUUUACAUACUUAUUGAAAAACAAAAGCUACACUAUGAUGUUCAAAUGAAACAAUGUAGAGGGGCGAAAAACAAUGCCGUUUUGAAAUUUAUAUUAUAUGUAUGAAUCAUUCGUAUGAAUGCUGUGCUGCCAGUUCUUCAAGUAAUUAUCACUUUCUGUUUAUAGAUACAAAGGCAACAAUUCCGUGCAAGUUAGUACAUUUUAAUUUAAUUUAAUUUAAUUUUUAAUUUAAUUUAAUAACUUUGCCGUAACAUAAAUUACAAAUUCUGGCAGGGUUCCGGGUUCCCACAACAGCAUAACGCCAAUUACUGCAGGCCCAAUAUACAUGCUUGCAUAUCUCAACUGCAACUGUAAAUUUUCACCCUUUAUUUGACAUUGUUUCAUAUCGGUAUUUAAUCUUUCAGCUGUCCGCGAACAGAGGUACAAUCUACAAAGCUUUACCAUCUGAUGCUACAUGCCAAAAUAAUUUUGAAGCCAGAAAGGUUUGCGAUCUGUUUUUAUAUUAGAGUUUUCUCACGCAAUGCAACCACACCUUGUCCGCUAUUUUGUGUUAGCAAACUGCGCAGCACCAAAUCUAAAUGAUGGUAACAAGCGAAGGAGUGAAAUAGAGAAGUAGAUACUGUAUAGUACUUGUAAACAAUAGUACUGUGUUUUAACGUGACUAAAUCACUCGAUCGCUUAUUGCCAUCACUGCCCCGUGUGCGGUUUGCCAUCCAAAAAUAGCGGACAAGGCUAGAUUAUGUCAAUGCCAAUGGGCCAGAUCGUGUGGCGUGAGAAAGGUUAAUUGACUUGUAUUAAAUAAUAAAAUAGAAGAUUUUAAGCAGAAUAUACUACAUCAAUUAGUAGGAUACAGUAAUUUUUCGUGCAAAUAUAAUAACUGCCACAUUUACAUUCUUACAAAAAUGUAUUUUAUGCUGCGAUCGUGAAAACAUUACAACAAACUGAAAUUUAUGAAAAAAAUAAAGUGCACCAUGCAUGCUCGUGAAAACGUAUAUCAACAAAUAUUUAACAGUUAUUCUACGAACUCGAGUCGAAUAUGAGCUGAUAGCCGAUGAGGCGCGUAGCGCCGAAUCGGCUAUCGCUCAUAUUCGACGAGAGUGAGUGGAAUAACUGUUUUAUUAUAUACACAAGGUCUGAAUUCACAGACUUUGCUUUUUGAAUAUUUUCAAUAUUUUUCUAUUUUGUUUUAAAUGUUUUUAUCUUCGCUCUUUCGGCCGAUUAUUUUUUCAAAAAUAUAUAUUUUUAACCAUUUUAAAUUUUAAAAAUUUAUUUGCUAACCUGAAAACAAUUUGUGGGAGUUUUUUCAUUGUGUUUUUAAUCCUGUAAAGGCUAUAAAAAGCGACAACUUGCCGUUUUCUCGUUUGCAAAACAUCGUAAAUUACUAAAUUCAGUUUGGCCGCCAUUUUGUUUUUCUCUACUAGCAGGAUAUGAGCUAAUAUCCUGCUAGUAGAGAACCAAUCAGAUUGCAGAAUACCUCAUAUCCAGACCUUGUGUAUAUAAUAAAACAGUCAUAUUCGAUUAUUCAAUAAUAACGGUUAUAUUCCUUUUGUAACCUGCACUGUAUUCUGCUCUCUCACUAGAAUAGCCGUAUUGUAUGGAACCAAACUUUUGAGUUUCCCUGACAUUUUGUUCUCGUGUAACUAACGACAUAGUGAUAUUUUGCUUCCUCUCUAGGUGUUUACCUUUACCGAAAUUUCAAACGGACUUAGACCGAAUGUGGAAGUUGAUGUUGUGGCUAUAGUAAUAUCCCAGUUAUGCCAGCACAAGUAUGUUUAAUAAAGCUAGACGCAAUAAAGGCAACAGAUGUACAUGUACGCGUAACUCCUGGCAACUCCUUGUAGAAUAUGAUCUUGGGAGUGGGGCAAAUUUCGUGCAAAUCAGGGCGCGAAAUAACGGCUGGAGGGUGGCCGGUCAAGGUGACCGGCCAACUUAAUUUUAGCUCGGACAUACCGAAUUUCUGGCCGGUCAAAUUAUUCAGCUUAAAGCAAAGCCUAGUAAAGUAUACCCCUAAAAUGUGACUAUUUUCCCAGUAUAGCAUUACAAAACGCCUUACUGUAUUCAGCAAUUAAAAACACCUUCACAUAAAACAGCUUGCACUACGCUAAAAGCAUGGCCUUAACUCUUAAGCCAAAAGCAUGGCCAUGGCCUUUGUGACGUACUGUACUGUGUGGGAAAGCUGGCGUACAUUGAAGUUCUUUUCCCGAAAAAUAUUCGACAACAUGUUAUGGUUCUUAAUUAUAAUACUUGACAACUUUAUUUUGAUUAUAUAUUAAUUAAAAUGAAGAUUAGUUCCAAAUAGAAUUUAAUGAAGAUUACUUCAAAUUCUUAUUAAAUGAAUAAUAAUUAUUAUUAAUUAUUAUUCAUUAGUUCAAAUUCUUACCUUGCCAGACAACUCCGCAUUCUGGCCGGACAUUGUCCGUUGACCGGCCGUUAUUUCGUGCCCUGCAAAUGUGCAUAAUAUAUUAAUAUGCAUUCUGAGUGUUUUGUGGUUUACACAUUUCAAAUUUUCUAUCCCGCCUUGCAUGGCGCCGCGAAUAGAGUAGAUAUUCCGGAAGCAGGGACAGCAUAUAUUUAAUGCUUUUUUAAACGAUUCACUGGCAACUGCAGAGAUUUGGACAGAACGUUCCCUUCCUUUAUAACGAUUACGGCCCGUGCCUAUGGCGAUUAGUGAGAAUAAAAAUUUAUCAUUUAGGUUUGAGAACAUGCACUGUUUUAUUUUCAAACUGAAACAUGCCAGUCAUUGAACAAGGUGAUAUUUGAGGUGGUUUUUCAUGUACUUUUUUAUUUUUCAUUAGUUUAACCCUGGUGUACAUGGCGGAUUCUGAUUUUAACUUGGUCCGAAUUAAGGUCUGGGGUGGACUUGAGGUAAAGACAAAACUCGUAGUAUGUUUUGAAUGACUCCAUGACAAAACCCCAAGUGACAAAAAUAUCCUCGGCAACAAAAUCCCGAAUUACUGAAUUAAGACAAAAAACCCACAUUCCUGUUGAUCAUUUUUUUAGAUUUAUCAGAACAAACUUUUUAACACAAUAUAAUUUGUAUAGAGAGAAAGUGGAAAUAAUGUGUAUAAAAUUAAUAAGAAAGUAAUAAAGUAAAGUAAUAUGAAAAGUCACUGUUCAUGUGACUAACAUAUUCGAAUGUUGUGACCGACGCCACGGAGCAGUUGCUCCUAGUGCGAGGCCGGAGUAGUCUAGGGAGUGCACCGGAACCAAUUUUAAAUUUAAGUCCCGGCCGGAACUCGAAAAAAGUUCCCGCGAUAUAUAGUCAUAUGUUACUGUCUCUGCUGCCAGACAGGCAGACACUUGAAGUCAUCAAGGAGAGAGUUCGCAAAUGUUAGAAUAAAAAGAUUGAGAAACGUUAAAAAUCAGUUCUGUAGUCCAAAUUUCUUCCUACUGUGAACUUUUGUUAGACACAAGAACGUUUAAUACUCUAUCUCUCUGAAAACGAUAGAGUUCCGGUUCUGGCCAUGCUUUUCUUGUUAGUUCCGGCCGGAACCUGAACUCUGGAAAAUUGAGGUUCCGGCCGGAACCGAGUUCCCGCGGUGCACCCCUACGCGGAAGUACUGCUGGAGCUCCGGGUUUUUUUGUUCAGCCUGAAUUGCAGUGUUUUCACCCAGCUCCGGCUAGAAAGUCAGUAUAGCAAGAAAUGUGACAAUUUCGAAGAAUUAUCGUUGGUUAUACAAGAUAAUGGCAACAUUGAAUUUGUUGAAAGUACAUAUAAUAUGAAGUCAUAUCCGUUGUGUCAAACCAUUUCGCCAUUUUUGGCUGUUGCAAAUGGCCAAAUUGCAAUGAGUUAUUAUGUCUGUGAUCUAUCUUAUCAUAGGAAAAGGUAUUAUGAUUUCACGUCAUCAUACCUUGGGGACAAAAUUGGGUCAAAUAUUGGCCAUUGUCCGGUUAAUUUGUCCCCUGAGCUGUGAACCAAUGCAGCCGGAGUCGACUAUUUGAACUGUAAAGCAGCCGGAGCCGGUGCAUGCCGGAGUCUGAAAAAUUUGCAUUCAGUAAUUUGGUGGUAUUGUCGGCGGGGAGUUUGUCGGUGGGGAACUUGUUGUGUGGGGAUUUUGUCGGUAUCCUGUUUUGAAUGUCAAAACGAAGUCAGAUGAUGCCAAUCUUUGAAAUCGCUCCAAAUUCUACACGAGCACGUAGAUUUACAUGCAGAAUCUAUAAUCUUACAAUUUACCUUUGUCCUCAUAAUUCAUUUAUUUAUUUGAUAUCAACUAGGUUUAAGUUAUCUAAACCAAUGUCAUUGUGAUUUUAAUGACUAUAAAUGUAUAAUAAUUGGUUUAUGUGUAAAACAUUUUGAAUUGAUAUAUUACAAUUCACUAUUUUAGAGUCAAGGUCUGCAAGAUGUUAUGAAAGAAAAGAAUUUUAUAGCGGCGUGUAAUCUUCUUUCCCAACCAGACAGAAGAUCUGGGAUUGCAUCUCUAAAAUACUGUGAACUGUCUCUGGUCACAUCAAACCCAUCCAACAAGAUGCUGAGAAACAGCCUUUAUGAACUACGAAAAGCAGUCUCGGUAAGCUUAUUAUAUUAAAUGGUUACAGCUAGAAUGGAAAUAAUAUACCCGCGUAGGCUAUAUAAAAAAAAACGCAAUGGAAAUUCAACAAGCUGGCGUGCAUCAUAACUUGGCUAAACAAUUCAAUUUUUAUAUAGGACAAAAGAGCUGUUAUUUAGCUUCUCUAUGAUACAGUACCUUUUUAAAAUCGUAACGAUGAGAAAUGGCCACAUACUCGUCAAAUAAAAAUUGUCUUUCGAUAUCACAUUCUUCCACCGUUGGGCAUUGAAAAUACAUUAAUUAUGCAAAGUUAGUCAAUCCAGAAGCAACGCGAGUCUGCUGCAAGCUAUUUGUUUCGUAAAACGUUUUGAUUACGAAUGUUUUCUGUUCAGUGGUUAACUUCGUACGAUUACAGUGGUUAACUAACCACCUAAAAAUUACAAAUGAACGUCCCCCACUAUUUUAUGGUAUUACUACGUCGGCUUUAAUAGAAGUUAAAAGUAUCAGAGUUUUGUGCUGGAUAAAAAGAUUUGCAUGUAAUUCACUGAUAUUUGAUUGGUCAAAGUUCAAAUUAACCAACCGUUUGCCUUCUGGGGUCACAAGUGUUGACAACAAUAGUCCAAUUUGUUUAAAUUAUGGAAAUUAGAAUAGAUCAACAAUAGUUUUAGAAGAAUAUUUAAAGAUAAUUGAGACCUUAAGAUUGACGUUUACGGUAUAGCGCAAACGGCAAACGUCAAAUCCCAUUUGUAGGUAAGUUUUACAAGAGUUUUCGACAGCUGCUAAUUCAUGCUUUGAAUCAACUUUGAUGCACUAUUUGUCGUAACUUCGAACAGCUAACAGUAACAGUUGACAUCAAAAUACAAUUUGAAGUUUGCCGUUUGAGGUUCGUGGUCUGCUGUAAACGUCAAUCUUAAGAUCUCUAUUGCCUAUCUAUGUAAUUAAUUAAUUUUAAUUUUAGCUCUGAAUUUUAUAGACGUUUCCUGAUUAUUUUACCUAAUUUGCAUAUUUGAACAAAUGUGUGGCAACCUUGUCAACAACCUCCAAGGAUAUAAAAAUAAAUUACUUUACUUCAUCCCAUAUAAAAAAUUAAAAUGUAUAUUAGGUAACGGUGUAAUACCAAACAGAAAGUGAGACUUUUUUGGUAUACAACUUGUUGUGUACAGGUGUAUGGGAUGUUCUCUUUAUAUUCUUCAGGUAGUUAGAUCCUUCAACCAUGCAUGCAAUCUCGUGAAUAGUAUUCAUCGCUAUACCUACUCGUACACUGGAACUUAACACUCGAAAUGUCAAUUGAUCAAUAUUGCGAAAGUUGUAUUGAUGAAAAGUUGAAAACUUUACCCAAAAUCUCAGAUAGUAAAGAGGUUGAGAUUUGACUACCACUCUGUGCUUCCUCUCGCAAACUUAAUACGCAUUUAAUUGGUUAAUCAGUAGAAUAAUUACAUAUCCCUAAAAAUGUAAUGUGCUUCCUCAGAACCCAGAUUCAUUUAUAACGAAAGCCAAAGCUAAGCUGGACGAAUUAUGUCAUUCAAAUUGGUCAACGCCUAAGGCACAAAACAUCGCUCUCCUGAAUGGCACAUCAAGUGAAUCUGCAGGAAAGCGACGAAGAACCAAUGAAACACCGCCAAUGCAAAACACGGAGGUUAGUCUUGCAAACAUUUCAACAUCAUAUCUGCUAUUACUCACCAAAAGCUUUCGGAAUAUUCAUACGAUAUAUGUUUAUCAUAUGUCACACGAUUUAUAUUCAUAACGUACCUCAACUUUGGGCCACACGUGCUUUUUAGUUUUUUUGCUCAGCCAAUUAGAAUCUUCCCACGUACGAUGUCUUAUCACUCUUAUGGAAUUGUUAAGGCCAAUAACCUUAUGUAUUUGUACCUCGGUACUCGUGAAAUUUUCGGACAGAUCUAUUACCAGAAAUUUCUGGAACAGUGGCAAAUGGCACUAAUCACUUUUUGAAUGAAUGACGUAACUCCUUGUUCAAUACGGUGCUGUUCUAUGUGUAAACAACAAGUGCAUGAGGUUUAGAUUUGACUUCCACUACCUUUUCUGACUAAGUACGCUUCUAAUUGGUUAAUCAGAUAGAUCAAACGCAUCUGAUAGGUUAAUGGUGCUGUGCCCUAGAGCAUGCGCAACACAAGUGCACAGGCGCAAAGACAUACUAUUUUAAUUUGGGUUAGUACCAAGGCUUAUGAUUCGUAACAGACUAACAGACUUACACAGUGAGUAUAAAGUGAUGCCAAACUUCGUUUGGGCACCGAAAUCAAGAAGCUAAUUUAUUAAGAAAGUCAGGGCCAUUUUUGACCGAAAUUUCUGGUUAUGUUACUGUAAUCUUUCGUACAUAUAUGUGUAUGCAUUGCCCAAAAGCAUCUAGUUUGUUAAUUUAGUUAGUUAUCAACAAAAUCUCAAGAACCUUCAUUCAAAAACACUUCUGUUUGAGAACGGUUACACAUGACAUUAGAGAGGUUCAGAUUUGACUUCCACUACCUCUCACUAGCUUACUACGCAUGUGAUUGGUUAAUCGGAUAUAUCAAACGCAUCUGAUUGGUUAAUGGUGGCGGUAGUGGAAGUCAAAUCUGAACCUCGAUAGUAUGUGAACGGCAACUUGUCCGAGAAUAUCCGCUUCAGGCCGGAUCUCUUUGAUUUAUGUGUUUUGUAUUUUGUUUCAUCACCAAUAUUUUUCAUAAUCUUUUUUGACCUCUCAAAUUUCCACCUAUGCUUGAAAACGUUUACUACUCUUAAUCCAUAUAUUAUUAGCAUAGAUCUUGAUCCAUAUAUUAUUAGCAUAGAUCUUUAAUUAGUCCAUAUAUUAUUAGCAUAGAUCUUAAUCCAUAUAUUAUUAGGCUAACAUACCAGUGGUGCGUGCCAACGGCGCAUUUACACCAUCAUCUUCAACAACUACGCCAAGACAGAGUGAAAGCUUAUUGCAAUCAAGAAAGAGAAUAUUGCAUUCAAAACGAAGGAAACUGGAUCUUCUUGGAGAUCCUUCACCAAUAUCUCCGAUUCCCAAUGCUUUGCCAGCGAGUGUAAGGAAAGCAUUUCAAGUACCGAGACGAAUAAGAACUCAAGCCGAUGAUAUGGAGAAUGAAGAAGAGUGAGGGAAAAUGAUGAUUAUGAAAGUCUUAGGCAAGUAUUGGGACUUGUCCUGGAGGGACAGUGUGCGAGAAUCGACCGUACAGGUAUGUCAUGACGUCAUAUACGAAGGUGACAAAUACAAGGGCAGUUGUGUUUCCUUGUGAAAAUGGAGGAAAUUUGUUUUGAGAUGAAUGUUUUCACAUUAAAGUAGUAAAUAUUAUAUUAUUGAGUAUUGACCUCUACCAUUGUCAAGUUUCUUACUCUUUCCAAAUGCAAAGUCAUGUGUAUUGUAACUCAGGUAUCUCACCGUUUCAGAUAUCGGACCCAAACGUCCUGUGGUUGUUGCAGCCACUUAGGGGUUUAAUAGUAAAUUACUGUGAGCCAGUCGUGAAAUGUGUUGUUACUGGAAAUGUGUUCCAUGUGGGGUGUGGAUGUUUCCUGAAAUUUCCCAGUCAAUAAAUUAGCAAUACCUGACUUACCUGCAUGGUCAGUUUAAUACGAGCCUUAAUUAACCCAAGGCCAUAGGCUUUAUACUGUAGCCAAUAAAAUUUCCACCAGCGCCACAGUUCCAAGGAUGAUGGAACUGUAACAAAGUUAUCUUGACUGGGUUAUUCCAGGAAACAUCCACACCCCUUUCGGAGUCCUAUAUUGUAGGGGAGUGUGGGUCGUUUCUGGAACAACACAUUUUCAGAAGUCCCGGAAUUUAUUUUCUUUUGAGCAUUUCAUAUGUUUUGCGUCGUUGAUAAUUGUGUAAAAUCGUAACCCAAAAUGCAGGAAAUGACAUUUCAGGGACUUAAUAUUAACUUUCAGUGGAGCAUAUCCCCCGGUUUUCUCGCACCUUUGGCGCUCUUUUGUCCAUCGUACUUUCACUACUUUGUUCAUUCUGACUACGUGGCUGGUGGCUCCGCUUGCUCGCCAGAAAUUUUCAAACAAGAAACACACGGGCGAACUUACACUGCUAAUUGUUCUGAUUUACAAGAAGUAGUCUCUCUCGCCGCCGCUCUUUGUGGGGAAGAACGACACACAAAGUGCCGCUGCGAGGGAGACUAUACGAGAGGUUGAUGGUCAUAGUCUUACAGAACGUCUACUGCUUGCACUUUAAUUUCGAAAGCUAUUUGAAUCUUAUUUGAAUCAAUUUCCAGAAUCUCCUUCUAUUUACUAAAUUACAACUUGCCUACUUUACACUGAAACCUUUAAAAACAAAGAAUUAUAUAUGAUACUGUAGAUUAAGAUAUAUUAUAUGAAAUGUCAAUUAUAAAGAGAAAUAUUUUAUUAGAGGCUAUAUUUGCACUCUUAUAUUGUUGGAAUUGUCAACCAAGGAGAGAACUAUUAAGGAUCAUUCAAAUGUUUAGUAUGUAAAUAUCUAAUAUCUAAAAAUAAAGAGAGUAAGUUCUGUUUUGUUCUGUUGCUGAUUUCAAGUUUCUUCAUUUAUUAAUUAAUGAAUAGAAUGCUGGUUCUAUAGAAGUUUUAGAAAGGAGGAACCUUAUAAUGACAAACCACUGGAUCACCAACUUCAACAAUAUUGAGGUUCCAGUCAAUAUAUAUUAAUUAAUUUACAUGAAUAAACAUAACAGGGUUAGAAUACAGUCAAAAGGGUGUAGAACAGACCUUACAUUUUUCAGUUGGACACAUUCUACUUAAAAAUUGGGUAAUAAAAAUUGGGCAAAUGAUUACACCCGUUUUCAAAAUUACGCAACCUCCCUGAAAAAUACUCUUACUUCAUAUGUCAGUUUUAUGUCACAAGAACUGCUAAAAAUGGGCUAUUACAUUUAAUAUCCGUCUCGAGGACCUCAUUUUCCAAGGGGGAAAUUAGUCAUUUUUUCCAGAGGGGUAAUUGGGAAAAAUGGAAGAAAAAUGCUCUUUCCAGAGGGGUUAAAAAGCACUUCCAGAGGGGGUUCAAGUCUCUUCCAGAGGGGUCAAUUACACAUAUUUUUUUUGCAUUCCAGAGGGGUAAAAAUCCCCAAAAGCAGAGGUCCUCGACAGGGGGGGUUUGGUUUUUUAAUGUAAUAGCCCAAUAGCAAACGUAAACAAACUGUCAAAAGACAUUUUAAACCGUAUUUAAUACCAAAACUGAACAAAAAUGAGUCAGAUAACUUUGAUAUACAAACUAAUAAAGCACAAUUGAAGCCAUCACAACAGAAAUGUGUGCCGUGAAUGACUUUUAAAGUUUGAAAAAUAACAAUUUAUCCUCGAAUUUAGCUGUCAGUAAAAAACACGCGCGCGGUGAUGUUAUGAUUUUGUCGUGCUUAAAUUUUGCAAUAAUUCUCACUAAAAUAUCUUGAAAAUCAUUGUAAGCCUGUUUAUAUAAAGCAUACAAAGCAUAUACAUCGACAAGGAACCGCAAAACUCAAAGUUUGAACUUCGUGACCGAAUGACAUAAAACUGACAUGUCAACUCUAGUAUUUUCGUCCUUGGUCGCGUAAUUUUGAAAACGGGUGUAAAAGGAAGGGCUACUGGUAUUAAAAUCAUUAACAGUUUGUGAUGCAAAAAUUUUGUAAUUGUCGGGCAAACUAUUGUCCGUCUGCCAUGUCUUUGCUCUAUUUAACUCAUUCCUGAAAGACUGAUUUACAGUGUCCCUUGGGUAUUACUAUACCAGGUACAGUAUAAACUGUGAUGGAUGAAUUUGUAUCUGAUUGUUUUAGGCAAUUUAGGGAGUAUCACUUCACUCUAUACUCCAUAGAAAAACCAGGAAAGCAAUUUUCCUCUCCUGUUUUCCACAAACUGCAAGGUCUGGUAGAAUGGUAUGCAACUAAGAGACAUUUUUUCUAAUUGUUUAUAUAAUUGGCUUAAUACAUUCUAGAAAUCCAGUUUCAAAUGCAGUUUCUGAGAAACGUUCUUGUACAGAUUCCCUAGCAUUCUUUUUUAUCAUAUCAAUUUCAUCUGGAUGCAAUGAGAAUAUUUUAUUUAUUGCUUGGGCAUACGUUUCCUCAGUAUCAGCUAAGAAACCAGUUUGGGUACCAUUCCAUUCUGUGACAAUAUCCAUUCUAGGUCCUCCAGAAUUGUGAGCGAGUGCAACCACCCCAGCUGCCAUGCAUUCAACCACUCCUAUACCAAAAUGUUCAUUCCACAUGGUAUGUAAACCUAUGGUUGCUUCUGCAAGGUGAUUCUUUAACUCAUCAAAUGAAACAUUAAGAGCAAACUCAACAUGUUGCUUGACGUUCAACUGACCGGCAAGUUCUCGAAGGCUAUCAACACGAUCAGCAUCAUCCUGAUUUCGACAACUACCAACAAGAAUAAGUUUAUAAUGCUUUUGGUCCCUACUAGGUAUUUCAUGUAGAAACUGAGCAAAUGAUCUGAUUUGUAAUGCAUGAUCUUUCUCGGGUCUAAACUGUCCAAUAGAAACAACACUCUUUAUCCCACUGGCAUCUUUUCUCGGGAUAUUUAGGAAUGCUUUUGUGUCACAUGGUGGGUACACAAUAACAAUACUAUCCUUCUUCCAAAGUGCUUUAAUAUGACCAAAUGUCCAGGAUGAGUUAACCAUGACAACAUUAGCACAGGAUCCUGCCAAACCAUAGAUAUAUGCAAACAGCUUGUAAUAAGUCAAUUUCACUCCACUUAAAAUACGGCUUCUUGUUAUGAAUGAUGCGUUGUUAUAUGUUGCUCGCCGGUCACUAACUUUUGAUAACAUGUCAGUGCUGAUGGUUGGGUAAUGGACAUAACAACCUACAUCGCAUUUACCAACAUAUUUGAAUAAUGGUAAUGUAAAGGCAUAACCCAUGGUAUCUAUAUAGAUAUCAGGAUUAAAUUUCACCAGAGCUUCCCAACCAAGAAAUAUUGAACCAAUGCUUUGACCCAACAAUGUAAAGAAAGGGUAAGGACUGGCUUCUACCCACUGACGGUUUUUUAAGAACACAAACUUGACAGGUCUUAGUAAUGUGAUAUUAAAUCUCUCUUUUGCUCGUCUUAAGAUAUCAUCUCCAGUCACAUCCUGAUCUCCAGUGUAAACAACAAACUUCAGAUGGGAAUGUUCAUUCUGUAGAGAACGUAUAGCAGUCCACAAAACUCUCUCGCCCCCGCCACCAGCAUUACAGUACGGGUGAAAAAAUGCUACAGUACUAGGUUUACUGUCCGAAAUAUACGAUGCUGAAGCUUCAUAUUUUGAUUUCCCUCUCUUGUUGAUCCACCAUCUUGCCGCGAGAAAAACCACAAUAAUCGUACUUGCCAGAAAGAAUAGAAAGCCGAAAGUUGCCACAAACACUACACGAGUGAAAUAUACGAGCGAUGAAAGCAUUGUUUACGUCGAAUCAAGCUAAAAACUAUAAAGAUUUUUAUCUAUUUUUAUAUAAAACGUGGCUGAAGUUGAACGAAGAGAAAUU